CACGAACGACACAUCACUAGUUUCGAUUAGUUCGGGGAAGUGAGGGCGUCAUGGUCAACGAGGAGCUCCAGCGGCGCCUCAACGACGGCGGGUACAAGAACUGGCUGAAGGCCGGACAGUGUCUGGCCCUGCUGGCGGGGGGUCUGCUGCCCUUCACCCAGCAGCGCGCCACAGCUUUCCACGCGGACCUGCUCAACCGGAACGCGCGGCUGAAGAAGCCGUGCCAGACGCCUGCGUGCCGCCCGGAAGGCAACAAGUUUUUCCCAAAAUGCAAAGCGUGUGCAGAGUGGCAGACGGAGAUCCUGAGACAUCGCAGGCAGCCAGAUGCCACAUUGAACUGGGACAACUGUGUCCCUCCCAAGUGGAGGAGCGACUACUGGGAACUGGCGAAGGCCUUCAUGCCUCGGGGUCAAGGCAAAGCGAAGCGGGCGGAGCACUGCGAUGCCGCGGCGCUGCUCAACCUCAUCAACCACUGCGACUGUUUCCAGUCUGUGGACUCAACGUGCGUGAGAGAGGUGAUCCGUUUUAGGAACGAGUUGAUGCAUUCCUGCAAGUUACAAGUCGGGGACAAUUGGAUGAGACACUUCAGCGCAAGCCUGACAAAGCUUGUGCAGCAGCUAAGGGGCGAACCACAGAUCGCAACAGCUGGAAAGCAAAUCGAGGAGAUGCUGAGCGUUGAUUUGGCAAUAUGCGUCUCUGGCUUGGACAGAAUGGAUUCCGCCGCCCCGGAUGGAUUAGAGUCCGAUUCGGUCUCCCAUUGGGAGAUCAGCGGCGUCUUGAUUGGCCAAUGGGAGGCUGAGUUGCUUCAGGAGAGCCUGCAGGAGUCGCUGCACGCUGCAGACGAUGAUGCAACGACAAGGGACCCGGAGCAGCUGAAGACGCUGGGCGGUUUCCUGCAGGCCAACAGAGAUCUGAGCUUGAGGUUUUCUGCAGAGCUCCAAGCCAUCAACUCACUGCAUGCCAGAGAAUAAUACAGGGGAAGAUGUGAAAGGGAGAAGGACCACAUUGUGCAAUAUGUCUUGUAUUUACUCGGUUGAGUCAAACGUAAAACAGGUAGAGGGAUUUGUGACGUUAUACUAUGUGCUUGUAAUGGUGUCACGGUAAUGGUUUCUGGUUUGACAACACUACUGUUGUGUACACCGGGUGGCGCUGUUCUAAUGUCUCUGGUACGUAGGGAUUGAAAUGUUGUUGUCAGGCGUUUGACCCCGAGGGAGCAAAGGCCUUCUACUGCUUUUAUUCUGCUUCUGCACACGUUUAGUUCAUGGGUCGAUUUUACAGGGUUCCACGGCGAAGAAGAUGAGCAGACUCUCAUUUAAUAACACUUGUCUUUGAAUGAUUUGUCUAAUGCAACAAAAUAACAACACUACGAUGUCAACCAGCUCAGUGCUGAGCUCAUUUUACAACAAGUGUAUUUAGAAUAAAAUGUACUACGAGUGGAGAGUCGGCAUGUCAACUUUUCUAAAUGUGCUAUUUGAUUAAAAAUGAAAAAAAAAAAA